UCCAUUUUCUUUCGACAGGCUUUCUCAGUUCCAACGUAUUGCUGCUAUAUUUAGAUAAGUUUUUGCCACGUGCAAAGAGCCCACUUGCAUGAAUUAAACCCGCUAUAUAUAUGGCACCACAUCUUUCAAUCUUCAUCAGUUUGCAUAGAAAUUUUUCAUUUCCCUUACCCAAAUGAUGUCUUCCUCUUCCUCCAUUCUACUAUGUCUUGUUUUCUCCCUUUUUCUUUCCAUCUCUCCCAGCACAGCCCGAACACCUGGAAAACCUUCUCGGCCCCAAGCUCUCGUCCUUGCUGUUACCAAAGACCCAUCCACCAGCCAAUACUUAACCACCAUCCGCCAGAGAACCCCUCUUAGGCCCGUCAAGUUAACAGUCGAUGUUGGCGGGAAAGCCUUGUGGGUGGCUUGUGAUCGUAGUGAGUACAUCAGUUCCACUUACAAGCCCGCUCUCUGCGGCUCCCCGCAAUGCAGACUUGCCAAGUCUAAGUCUUGCGACGACUGCUGGGACGGGCCGAGGCCUGGUUGCAACAACGAAACAUGCUCCAACGUGGUCUACAACACGGUGGAAAAAUCAGGUCAGAUUGGAGAGGUGGCCACUGAUGUUCUGGCCCUCCAAUCGACUGACGGGUCGAAUCCUGGAAGGCUUGUUCGGGUUCCCAACUUUCUAUUUUCUUGUGGUUCCCUGUUUCUUGGGGAGAAACUGGCCAAUGGAGCGAAAGGGAUUGCUGGAUUUGGUAGAACCGAGACCUCACUCCCCUCACUCUUAUCAAGGGCCUUAGGUGUGCGUAAAAAGUUCGCAAUAUGCUUGAGUUCAUCAGUGGGUGUGGCCUUUCUUGGCGACGGACCUUAUGUAUUGCUCCCGAGUGUUACAGUCUCAGAUCGACUCAUUUACACCCCGCUUCUUACUAAUCCUGUUAGCACUGUGCGCCCUAUCAUUGAGAAGUUCCCUGAUUAUACUUGGCCUUCAAUGGAGUACUUCAUCGGAGUGGAAUCCAUAAAAGUCAAUACAAAAACUGUGCCAGUGAGCCAGGCUUUGCUAAAAUUCAACGCGAAAGGCAAUGGUGGCACGAAGAUAAGCACGGUCGAGCCUUACACCGUAUUGCACACAUCAAUCUACAAUGCAAUCACAAAAGCAUUCGUCAAGGCAAUAUCCAAGGUCCCUAGAGUGAACCCGGUGCCGCCAUUUGGGACAUGCUACAAGGCAUCGAGCCUUGGGAGCACACGUCUAGGCCCAGGGGUACCUGCAAUCGAGCUCGUGCUCCAAAACAAUGUGACAUGGAUGAUUUUCGGUGCCAAUUCAAUGGUUUAUUUGAAUAACAGUGAGGUGGCUUGCCUGGCAUUUGUGGAUGGAGGUAAGAAGCCUAGGACUUCCAUUGUCUUAGGAGGGCACCAACUUCAGGACAACUUGGUGGAGUUCGAUGUGGAGGGAUCAAGGCUCGGGUUCAGCUCUACUUUGUUGGGCCGUCAAACGACGUGCGGCAACUUCAAUUUUACUACUAAAGUUUGAAACUGUAAUUAGUAGGAGUACUGAGUUGGCCGUGCCUGCAAUCUUCCAGGUUUCUUAGUUUGAGUGUCUUCUCUGUUUUUGGCUAUGGGGAAAUAAAUGUAACAGUUCCUUCUGCUGCAAUCUGUGCUGUUGGUAUGCAAGAUUAAUGUUCUGUGGAAUUGUAUUAA